AUGGAGCAUGAUGAUCGAGAUGUGGAGAAGUUGACAAGAAAUUCCGUAUUGAUAAUUAGGGACGUCUCCUCUUUGCAAUCUGAGUCUGAGAAAAUAUAUUCUUAUCCGUUUGUGGUCGGUUGCUGCAGCUGGCGUGUUGGCGUGUAUUACAAGGGAAAUAAAUACGAUGACUCUCUGAGUCUGUCUCUGUCUCUAGUGGUUUCUGAUGCUGAUUUUAUGCCUCCGGGAUGGAAAAGACACGCACAGUUUUCUUUUACCAUAGUAAAUCAGAUUUCUGAAGAACUGGACGACAACUGUGGUGUUCUUACAGAAACACAAGAGUGGUUUGAUCACAAGACUCCUGCCUGGGAUUUCUCAAACAGUAUCCCCCUGGGAAAGCUUGAUGCCAAACAUGCCAAACAUGGUGGAUUUAUAGUGGAUGGAAAAGUCAAGAUUGUUGUGGAUUUGAACGUUCUUGAAGCUGUUGGCAAGUAUGAGGAUGAUGAGGAUUUUCUUGAUUUCUACGGGCUUCCCGUUUAUCCUUCAGAGAUGGAGGUUGUGAGCCCAAUCUUUGAAGAACACCCUGACUUUGCAUCACACUUCGUUGAGAAGGAUUUAGGCACAUACUUUAAGAGAGUAGUCAUCCAGCAACUAAUCCUCUUGAUUAAGGAUCUGCGCAAGCCGCUUAAAGACAUCUCUUUCUAUCAUGCGCAUCAUACACUGGUAUAUCUGAAAGCGGUUGGACUUGAUGUCGGUUGGUUGGAGAAGAAAGUGAGUGAUUUGAAAGAACAGAAGGAAACUGACCAACAGGAAGAAAUUGAAAGUGUUGGCUAUCCAGAGUGA